AUGGUGAUCCAAUACCAAGGGACCCAGAUCCCCAUCUCGUUCGCAUCAUGCAGCAUUCCAAUGAAGAUCAAGGCCAGCCUUCCUGAUAAGCUCGGCGCCAUUCGAAAAGCCGGGUUCGAUGGAAUUGAGCUUUCUAUGCCUGAUAUCCUUGAUUACGGAAAGCUACUCAGUGGAUCUCAGCCAAAAGAGGACGACUAUGAUACGCUCGCGGAUGUCGCGAAGCAGAUCAAGGCGUUGACGGAUGAGUUGGGUUUGAAGAUCAUGAUGCUUCAGCCUUUUGCGAAUUUCGAGGGCUGGAAGAAGGGUGAACAUGACGAGCAGAGAAAAAAAGCGUUUGAUAAAGCACGAGGAUGGGUCAAGGUCAUGGAGGCUGCUGGUAUCACUUUGCUCCAGGUGGGAUCAUCCGACUCUGAGGGAAUUUCAUCUUCAUUCGACGACUUGGCCUCCGAUCUAGCAGAACUAGCAGAUCUCCUCGCCGAAAAAGGCUUCAGCAUCGCCUACGAAAACUGGUGCUGGGCCACCCACGCCCCAACGUGGAAAACAGUCUGGCAAAUCGUCCAAAAGGCCAACAGACCCAACAUCGGUCUAUGUCUCGAUACCUUCCAAACCGCCGGUCUUGAAUGGGGCGAUCCCACCACCAAAGAUGGUCUCAUCAAAGCAAGUAGCGAUGAGGAGCGCAAAACUCGCUGGCACAAGAGCCUUGAGGAACUAGCUACCACUAUUCCAGCGGAUAAGAUUUAUCUGUUGCAGAUCUCGGAUGCGUACAAAAUGGAUCCUCCUAUCGAGGAUAAGAAGGAUGAGGAAGGGAGAUAUGCUGCUUGCUGUGCUGAAGACGGGGUUUAG